AUGAUCAAGUGUGCCGGCGUUUUAGCUCUAUUCGUUUGUUUUUUGGCAGCUGUCAACUGCGAUGACAAAGACGGUUUAAAAAUUGACGUGAUCAGCAAACCGGAAGCAUGUGACGUCAAAACGAAAAGUGGUGAUAUGUUGACGAUGCACUACACAGGUACCCUUGCCACCGAUGGCACCAAAUUCGACUCAAGUGCCGGUACGGCGUUUAUUUUAUUUAAAUUGUCGCCCAUUCAUUGGCGCCUCCACGGUAUUCCCUUCGUGCAGGCCAGAUUGUCCGAAACCGAAUUUCAAAUACGCAGGGACGAAAUGAAAAUAUAA